AUGGCGAGGUCAAAAAACUCUGGUAUACCUUUGUGUCCGUGCUUAAAUGGGUGUGUGCAUUUUACAGCAGAUUAUUUUGUAGCAGCCGCUGGUGAUAAUGUGUCUUAUGCAAGUGUAUUGGCUUUAGAUCUGCGUGCUGAUGUGUUUCGCGAGAUGAUGCCAAAAGAUAUGAUCCGCCUUGAACUUCGAAUAGAUGAAAUCGAUACCCGUAUAUACAGGGGAUCGCUUGCUUUGUUACAUUAUAAUACGAAUCGGAAUCAAACCCAGGAAAGGUAUUGUUUCAUAUGGGUUAUGAAGGAGUAUGGUGUAGUUGAUUCUUGGGUGAAACAGUUCACCAUUGAUUUGAAUGUGCAUUGGAAUGUGCUGGGAUUCACGAAGAACUGCCAACCAAUAUUGACGAUCGGUGGACAAUCUUGGGAAUGUGAGCUCUCAUCGCUUGACUCCAAAAGCCAACAAGUUACAAAAUUGGGAAUGCAUGGGGAUGGGGAGGACCGCACCAUUUGUGUCGACACUUACAGGGAGAACCUUGUCUUACUCAAAACAGAAUCUUGUCUUACUCAAAACAAACGGUGUCGUUCCCAAAUGGAGAGUGGCCAGGAGGAUGAAGAGGACCACAAGGAACAGAAAAAAUAG